CUUUUCUUUUCGUUUUUAUUUUACGCCAUAUUUCGAUGAGUUUUAAAAAAUUGUUGGAAAAAAUGGAAAGAACGAAAGUUCAAUUAUUUCUCAGUGUCGAGAAAUUUUUCCAAAGAGUUUCACUUCCGAUAUUCGUAUCGGAUUGUAUCGAUUUAAAUCUUUUACGAUAUCAUGCCUCUUGUUGCAUCAAACAUUUUAUAAUUAUUAAAGCAAAAAAGAAAAAUACGAGAUGGCUUUUGAUUUUUUUCGAAAAUUAUUUUCGACUUUGAAACGAAAAAAUAUUCUUUUCAAAAAAGUUUUUUUAGAAGCAAUAAAUUCUUCGAACAUUUGAAUUACGGAGUCUCCGUCUCUGAAUAUUUUUCGACGCAAGAAUUAUUCUAAACUUUUAAAAAAAUUAUAUCUGGGAAAUGAAAAAUGAACUUUGCAGUCUAAACUUUGAAAGUUUUUAUAGAAAUAGAAUUCAAGAAAAAAGAAUUUGAUAUCAAACAAAUUUUGCUUGGGAAAAGAAUAUAACUCACAAUCUCCGUUCAAAAAAUAACUAUAUUUUUGCAUAUUUCAAUGGAAUUUAUUUUGCAAAAUAUUAAUAUAAUAAAAUAAGACGCUCAACGCAGAUAGAAAAAUAAAAAUUUAAAAUCUUCAUCGUGCUGGUUACGAGUUAAUUAUAAUAAAAUAUUUAUCAAAACGAGAUAAAUUGCACUUUUUAAAAUCUUUAUCGUGAACGAAUAUAAAAAUGCUGUGAACGUUUAGUUAAUUUCGAAAAUUGCAAAUAAUGCAAAGUUUGCUCGUGUGCAUCACUGUCGAAAUGAUCGAAACAAUAUUUUACUUGAAUGCAUAUUCGCGAUAAAUCGAUCGCACGAUUUAUUAUCACAGUUGACUCGACAAACGUGACCGGUCGAAAAAUCAGAGGGUUCACCGAGAAACAACCUAUGAAAUAUUUGUCAAAUCUAUCUUUCGACCGAGCGUGCAAGCGCAAAUCAUUCACUAUAAACAGCAGUUUGCUCACGGAUGCACAUGCACGCGUUCGCAUUUCAUUACACGAAACGUGCUGUGCCCGCCGCACACCUGAGACACGUGUCGUCCUGAUGUUGAAAAUCGUGCAUGUCGGGCCAUUAAAAUUCAAACUAGAAAUUUUGAACAUUCGUUAAACAUAUAUUUGAAACAAAGUUGUUAAAAAUUGGAUAAAAACAAUCCGAUUGAACGAGGUGUUAAUUAAUAAAUAUUAAUCUCUGUACAACAAAUAUCGACAAGCUGGUGAAAUUAGAUAAAUAAGUACGAAAAAUACUAAUUACGAUAAUAAAAUAUAGAAAUAUCGAUGUUCCAACCGGUUGUGGGACGUAUCGAUGGAUGCUACGUGGGAGGAAAUACGAUAAAAUUACCGGAGGAAAAGCGAUAGAGCGCGUCACGAGGAAAUCCAGGUUUAUCGCGAUACGCGUAGCCGCGAUUCGUCACGUAUCGGCGAAAAAUCUAUUUUGCGACGGGGACCCGUCCAACGCGAUAAAACACAACCCAUGUGUCCAUUGCAACAAGGCUAAUGGACGGAUUUAUGGUCACUUCGCACCUCGUUCAAUCGUAAAAUCCUCCUCUCGACACGCAGAUUUCGAACACGCGGUUACCAUCUCAUUCCCCAUUUUAUCCUUAAAUUUCUAUACCUUUUGCUCACGAUAAAUUACUUUUUUAAUACGAAUACGAAUCUCCAACUUUUACCUCGACUUUAUCUCUUUUGCCUUUCACUCAUGCACGAACGUAAUUGCGUCUGACCCAAUUUGUUUUCCUACGUGUAAAGAUAACCUCACUUAAUCGACAGAUUCUCCUAACCUCCUCGUACAUAAAAUACGCCAUUAUCCGAUCGAAUUUUUCUCGUCGCGCGGGAAAAACGGGGACAACGACGCCCGAAGAGGAGACACGCGGCUAGGUGGGAGAGCGAGAUUUCCUCGUGGGAACUGGCCGCGCUAGUCGAAUUUAUCGAUGAGUCACGCGCACGAUCUCGCGUCGCCGCCACGUUUUUGCAGAAUCGUUCCGCCUAAGGGGACUCGCGGUGGCGGCGGCUCUUUUGCGCGCACAUACGCGGUGCAUGAAAUCUGGCCCGCAUCAGGGGCACCCAAAGGGAAAAGAGAAAAGAGAGGAAGGUGCGCGGCUCUUGGUGGGCCCCCGGGCUGUCGCCCAUAUGGCGACCAUCGUCACUGCCGCGUCGAGCUAUAGGUAAACUGCGCGAAUACACUUUUCUACUUUUUGUCUCGAGAGGGAGAGAGAGAGGGGAAUACCGAGCUUGCGCUGUCCCACCUUCCUUCCCUGCGACAUUCUGCUCGACACGGUGCUGAUCAGAGUUUGCCCCUCUCUUCUCACACAGGAGAGCUCUUCUCCGAAAUACAGGUAGUAAAGUUUCCAGCUUACUCCUUGCUGCUCCUUCUUUCGACAUAACAUACUCUUUACUCCCUGUUAAUUAUAAUUUUGCAACUUUUCGAUUCGUUGUUUUUUUCUUAAAUACUACAAAGAUUAAUUUCAAAGAUCGUCAAAAAAUUUUACGUUUCUUUCCGUUCGUCGACUAAUAAUUUAUCGAUAGCGUCGUGUAAAUUGAGAAAUUUUCAGAAAAUUUUCAGAUUAGAUUGAUUUAACUUUCGAAAAUGAAUUAUCGUAGCGAAAUAAAUUUAAAAUGUCGCAACAAAGCAUCUCAAACUCGAGCAAUCGCGAUUAAAUUAUAUUCAAAUCUCGCAUCGAUAAGCUUCCUUGCUAUUUUCAUCGAGAAAAUUUUUGUCGCAUCGUGGGAGAAACCGAUCAUAACCGAGAAAGCGUGGAAUGUCAAAGUCCUGCGCGGUCGAAAUAAAACCAAGAGAACGCAGUCCCGAGGCGUGAACAGAGGUCGAGCUGUUAAUAUGUCGCUCUUUAUGGGCUGACAGGUUACACAGAGUAACCUGGACACGCGGCUGCGUGUUGCUACGAAAAGGCUACUUUAUGAAAACCGAUCUGAUUACACUCAGCCGAGCUUCGAGUUGCACCCGAGACUCCGUUAAAACUCGUUUAUUCUCUCAAAUUUAAUAGCAAAAGGAAUUUUGUUGGAAUAACACACUUUUACACAAUUUUUUAAAACUAUAUUUUUCAUUUAUCAUACACGUAUAAUCCCGUGCACAGAAUUUCUAUUCCAAUAACCGAAGAUAACAUCGAACAAGUGAGGUUAUGCGAAGAGCAAAACUAAUUAUUACUUUAUUUUUAAUCAGUUACUUUUUCGACGAUAUGCCGAAAGAGAAGAAACGUAUUUGCAUUCGUUCAAAAAUGUAUCACCGAUCGGUAAAAUAGAAGGGGAACAGUACUCGUGCCUAUCUUACUCUGCAAGCGACGUUCUUACAGAAAUCAGAACGUAACAAAUAUUUACACGCUUGCCCCUGCUACAUUACACGCUUAACUUUGUUCGUGCUCGGACAUACUAGUCGUGACUUAUCCAUGACGUGUAUUAAAAACGUUGGCUACCCUUGUUAUAUCGCCACGAUAACGCGUAUUCGUCCACAGUGUGCUCGUUUCUGAUUUCUUUCUGAUAGUAAAAUUGCGUUCGAUGUAUCGUUACGUUCUGAUUCCUAAUAAUAUAAUAUGACACAUAUCGCAAUUUUCGAAUAAAGCGCGGUAAUCAUUGAUGUUAUUUUUAUCAUCGAAUACGAGGAUAGUUAUUGCAUUGCGAUGAUUAAUUAUCCAAAAGCUAAGAAAAAGUGAUCGAAGAAGAAAGAAGUUUGUCUAAAGUGAGUAGGAGAGAAAAGGAAGAAAAACAAAGAGGAGGAAGAUGAAAACGAGGAGAUAAGGUACAAAGCGGCGAUUCUGUUCCUCUCGAGAACGCCUCUUAUUUUCGUGACGACGAGGAAGGAACAAAAGUAUAGAACGAGACUCCGUGGAUUCCAUUCCAGUUUUUCGCCGUAUGUAUACCUGAUUAAUCGCGAUCGGGAAGCUCGUGGAAGCGGGUCGAAAAGAGAGAAGUGGCAGGCGAGGGACGAAAUGAAGAGAGAACGCGAGAGAGUGGGAUCGUUGGAGGGAAAGAGAAUGGGAGAAGAGAGGCGCACAAGUGGCGCACACAUGGUGCACAGUUGUUCGAGAGGUCAGGUUUUUGUCCACGAGCCUUCAGUUUUACAGAUCCGGCCGAGUUUCUCUAUGUCUCUAUAUCUAUAUACAGGGUGAUCCACGUAAUAUGAGAUUUCCAUCCCCGAUAGGAUUGUAACUGUGGCCCUUUCGACUUACACCAGCGACAGGAUGUGGAGAACCAUCGCGCGUCACGAGCUUUCGGUGAAUACGUUGUACAUGUGAGAUUGCAAUUGAUACGAAUCGAUCGAAAAAUAAUUCCUAAAAUUACCUUUGAACAUAUCGUUAUUUCUAGAGGAAUGUAUAAUUUUUCGUUGUUUUCAUCGUAUAAAAUAUAAACGCAAAGUUAAAGUACUGGGGAAACAUGGAAAAUUUUGAAAGAUAUAUUUUGCAAAUCGUAUGUGGGAUUUAGUUUAAUAAUCUUUGGAGGAUAAUGAUAAGAAUUAUCGAAACAAAUUUGAACAGGGAAGAAUCUAUUUUAAUUAUCUAUUCUCCAAGUUAUAUAUACAUACGUAUAUAUAUAUUGCUAAUCUUGAAACUAAUCUUUUAUAUUUCUUGUGGUUUCAAGAUUGAGCAUGCAUGCUUCGUAAACAGUCAUAUGAAUCACCCUAUACACAAGUAUACGUAUAUGCAACCACUAGUCUCCAUUCGUUCUGACAAAUUGUCGAACCUUGGCAUUUAUGUUAGGUUUUGUAUAGGUGGCCGGGCUAAAGGUUGUAAGAUACGAUGAAAUUUGAGCGGGUCAGAGAGAAAAACAUUACGUUUUCCGAGAGAAACGAUAAAGAACAUCGAUCUCACGAUAUAACGACCAAAGUCACCUUUUUCGAAAUACCAGUAUCGAGAAGAAAAGAGAACGAUCGUUUUAUGAUUUUUCGAUGCUUAAUUGAAAUCUUUAUUACGUCAACGUGAUAUGACACGAUAUAUUUUAAUAAAAGUUAACUUUGAAUCGGUAUAUUAUUUCGAGAUCGUUAAAAUUCGCGAUCAUCUUGCGCGUUAUGAAUCAUAGAGAAUUCAAUCCGUCGCAAUGAACUCAUCGAUGCGCGAGCUAAAAAGCGAGGAGGCGAGCCAACGCAUCAGUCAUCCGUGAAAGAUGGUAGCGCAGAGGCACGUGUUGUCUGGAUAAAAAGAAAGCAAUCUUUGGUAAAACACGAUUGACCGAUGUUCCCCGCGAAUGAGCGAAUAAACCGUGGACCGGCUUUUCUAUCCAGUUAAUCUGCCCCGCGUAGUCACAUUGUCUCCGCAUUCCCGUCCAUAAAAGAUGAAAAAUCUAUGUGAUCCCAUGGCGCGGUGAAAAAAAUAUCGAAUAAAAAAGAAAAAAGAGAUUAUCUUCGAUCGGGGCGAACCAAACGGGAAAAAAACGUUCGCGUCGGACGUUUAUUAUUCCUAUCGUUGUCGAUUAAUUUAUAACUCGAGAUAAAAGCUUUCGAGGACAAUGAUAGUACUCGGUUAAAAGAUAUCAAUCUUCAAGACGUGAUAACCGAGAUAAUUCUCAAAGUAUCGUUCAAAAAAAAAAAAGAGACCCGCGUUAUAAACUUUAAGCAACGGGGAAAGGUAUAUUUUUCGGAAAUAAAUUCUUACGAUAAGAGACGGAAAUAUCUUUAUAACGAUAUUCUUCGCUUCGUCGUAAGGGCGAAUUCCUUCCCAAGUUUUUGCCUAAAUACUUCUCGGAACAGUUCCCAUAUUUUUAUCUACAAUUCAAAAGUCGAAACACGAUCGUAACGCGUGGGGAGAGGCGGAACUCGAAACGUGGCACGCGGCGACUUAUCUCCGCGCGUAUAUACAGAGAAACAUCGUACCUACGCCCGGUGAAUCACUCUGCUAUUGUCCGAAGGGAGGAAGGACGGAAAAAAGACAGGGUGGAAAGAUAGGAAAGAACGCGUGCAAUCGGUUACGUUUGCAGAGUCUAGCUACGGCAAAGAUAAAGAAACACGGUUGCGAAUCACGCCGCGGUGGCGCCUAAUGGGCGGCAACAAAAAGGGACACGGUGUGGUCACCGCACCGCACCAGCAUCGGGGAAUUCCCCUUCGAAGAAGACGCGUUACCCCCACCACGCGGUACGUUCAACUCCCACUCGAUUAACAUCGGCCGAAUUCGGACACGCUCGGUGAUCUCCGCGUCAUUGCUGGACCCGCCACGCCAGAGAUCGUGCAGUACCGUAUCCACGAAACGAGAUCUCCUGUUUGGACUCGACUGAUUUCUUAUCGUUAGGAUAACGACAAUCUCCAUUAUAUGCAACACUUUCGAUCGAGAAGCGAAUAUAAGGAGUGGAACAAUUUUUGAAAGAGGAUUUAAAAACAAGCGGCGAGAAAAUCGUACGAUUCUUGUUGCAAACUUUUUUUUACCAAUUCUUUUGGCAAAAUUUAAGAGACACGGGAUAGGAGAUCGAAAGAGUUUUUAGAUAAUAUUCCGUCAUGAUAUGACUGGAACGAACUUCGAUCGAUGAGAUACCAAGAAAUUCAACACCUCGAGACAAGACCUUUGGGAGAAAGGGUCGGCAACUAUUGCCUCUAAUUGCCAGUACUCGUUGAAUGGAGAUGGUCCGACUAUGCUUUCGCUGAUAUAUAAGUCAGGCUUUAAACGAUCGCAGUCCGACGCUUCUCGUUUAACACUCGAACGCAAGAAAAUUGUGUACGAUCUCUUUUUAUUCGUCUUCCGUCGUUAAUAAUUAUCUCUUUAUUUUCCUCGAGACCGAGAUCAACGAUUUUCACGUAAAAUUUAUAAAUCUAUAAAAAAAAGUGAGAAAUUUAAACGAUUCUUUUAUAUUAAAGUUACACGACGGAAUACGAUGAUAUGAUACGAAUAUAAUAUACGAUAACAUAACGAUAAUGUAAUAUCAAUGAAGAAAGUACGUACAAAUUAUUCGCAAGAUUUUUCUCGAGUCGUUCCAAUCCUCUCGAGCUCGAAGUAUACACGUAUACGCGACGUAUACAACGUAUAUGUUUACUCUUCCAUGUGACUCGGGACUAAAAUAGAUGUAUGACCAUCUCACAAAUUAAUUUCACAAACAAUUCUCUUCUCUUCUCUUCGUGAAUGUGAAUCAACGUUUAUAGUCAUCAGAGAAGAUUCCCUGUCGGACUAUUCUUUCGCUCAUGCAAAUUCGUGAUACGUAACGGAUAACUUUGAAAAUAAUAUACCACGGCCUUUCGAAAAAACAAAUUUUCCAUUCGUUCAUCGAUCCAAGAAUUUUUCAAGUUCAAUUAAAUCCAGUAUGCAUCAAUGAUCUAGAAAUUGAUUCACGAUUUUCAUACGACUUUCGUACGAUUUUCGUUGGAUGGCGCACACAUGCGUGUAUCUGGCUCUAAAUAAUCAUUGGAUGACUGUCGGUUAAACGAUGCAACGUGCCUCCCGUCUCUUUCGGAUAUUGUUUCGAAGCGGUCCUUCCCUUUCAUUCAGUAAUUCGCAGGCAGCUGCACACUAAUAAUAGUAUCGGACACUGCCGCCACUGCUUGCCGUCUCUGCUUUCGUCGCGGCUAUACAUAUACAUUAACCGUCAAUAUCGUAAUUUCAAUGAUAAGCUAACUUGUAGCUCUCCAUGCUAGGUUAACUUCGCUUUCUCGCCUCUUUCUUUCUUCCUUUCUUCACGUGACUACGUAAUAACUAGAUUUAUUUGCUUCUUCGAAGAAGACGCAAAGAUGAUCGACGCAAGAACGUUGAAUGGAUAUAUUUCUAUUUUAAAUUGAUUAAAUUGAUCUAAUAAUCGAUACAUUUAUUAUUAACAUUAUCGCAUUAUAACGAUCAACGUUCCCGUCAGAAUGCUUAUUCGAUCGUUCGUCACUGUAUUGGUCACUAUUCUUAAUAGGAAGAAGAACGAGUGGAAAAUUUUAUUGAUAUCAUUGUAUCGUCGUUAAGUUGCAUCGCAAAUAAGAGCUUCUUGUCUACUUUGAAACGUAUUACAUACCUCAUGGCGGUGAAAAGUCAAGGGAAUCGACCAAGAUAACCGCACGCGCUACCGAACGUUAUCUCGUUUCCGAGUCGAGUUCGAGGUAUUCGAGUCGUGAUUGCAAAACAUCUUAUACUUUUCGAUUCACAAACUGAAAAUCUGUUUGAUAAAUCGCUUUAUUAAGAUUAGAAAAGAAGAAGAAGAAGAAGAAGAAAAAACAUUUUCAUCAUUUUUAUCUUUAUUUUUCCUCGAAAGCUAUUUUCCUUUGCGAAAUAGCUAACGGAAAUUUAUUGGACGCGAAUAUACUCGUAGGCAACGUCCUCGCAGAUUUACACAUCCUAUUCGAGCAGUAUUUCAGACGAGUAUCUUGGAGGAUGCGCGUUCGAGGAAUACGCGAAGAGGAAGUCAUAUAGAAGAAAAUACAAUAUCGACGCAACACGCAUCCUUCCUUUCGGUAGAUAAAUAACGAGGGAAUCAUCGUCCAUGAGCCAAUGAGCCAAAAGAUACCAGGUUUCCGGUGAACGAAUACGAGCCACGAUAAGAAACUUCGUCGCAUCCGUAAAUCAAAUUACGUUACAGUAAAAACAAUACGUACACAAUUACAAGUUUCUUCUAGCUAGUUUCUUCCGUUAUUCGCGUUCGUUAUGCGAAGAAAUUCGCGACAGCGAAUCGAUAGCGUAGGGCGCCGUAGUUGGCUGGUUACAUUCCUGACCUUGAUUGCGGCCAACGCACACGCCGAGAUGCGACGCAGGUAGGGGAUGUGGCGACGACACGGGUAGACGAAGUAUAUAGUAUGCACGAAUCGCUUGAGAAUAACAUCUCGUAGCCCAGGGAAGGCGAGUAAACGUGUGGAGAGCGCGAGAGGAAGAGGAGGAAAUGUAUGUAAGUAGAGAGAAACGUGGUAAGGGAGUGGGAGAGAAAGGGGGUGAGUUAGACGUCGAGGAGGGGAGUUCCAGCGUGUCCAUCGUAACGCAUAGAGGGGAGAAUAGGAGAACGGUUGGGACGGUUACCGAGAGAAGUAGAGAGUGGAGGGAAGUAGCAAAGAGAUCCGGUGGUGGGGGCGUUCGAAACGGACGAGGGAGACGAAGAGAGAGAGAAGAAGCAUGGGGGCGGUGGCUGCUCCGCUACGGCCGCCAUCACCAUCCGUCCCAUCCUAUAGUAAACUCCGAAGCAGCAGUCCCCAAUCUGUCUCCAUGUGUGUUAGUUAGGACCGUGUUUUACCGGUGCUUGCUACUCCAAGUUGGUAGUAACACCGACAUUUCUGCCUUGCCCGCUCUCUACGAUGCCCUAGCAUCGGCUCCCGAUUACCAUCGCACUUCCCUCGUUCCUCUCUUCUCUCCGUCUUUUUCCCGCUAUUCUUUCCCUCCAGUCUGCCUCUCCGGUGAGUGUGUGUUUUUUGCUUCGGUGCGUGGGAAAACGCGUACGCGAAUGAAAAGAAUCGGUAGGAAAGGAAAAGGCGGUGGAGGAGGAAGCGGCAGAAGAAGAGCAGCGUAUCGCUUUCCGCACAAAUCGUUUCCAAGGAUAUAACUAGUGCACGCUGUCUUCCUCUAGUUUUCGUUUCGUUCUUUUUCGUUUAUCCUGGUUUAUAUCGAAAGAAAGAAAGAAAGAAAGAGAGAGAGAGAGAGAGAGAGUGUAAUUAAUCAGUGUAAUCAGUUAGGAAAUCCUUAGUGUCAAUCGCAGCAUCAUUACAAAUUCGUUCUUCGACAUAUUUGUUUGUGACAUCGAGCAACACUUUGAAACAACGAGCAACGAGAAGAAGAAAAUACGAACGAGAGGAUAAUCGGAAAGAGAAGAUUUUUUUUUUUCUAUGGACGCGAAAUUAUCUAUCCAAAUAAAUCUACUAACCGUACGAUAAUACUACGCUAUACACGAGGAUGUAAAAUUUCAUCGCCAUCCAUUCUUCUUCCGUUUGCAAAAAGUCCUUCGAAAAGUCUCAAGAUUGCCGUAAUUAUCGACCUUUGACAUAUAUACGACGAAAACGGACGUCGAAAAAUCCAACGAGGCUAAAACGCGUCCCACCCAAUCGGUUCUCUCGAAUCAUCGUCGUGGAAUCGUCGCUUAUCGGACGAGGGGAACGAAGGAACGAACGAACUAUCCGUGGACCUCGGCGCUGCCGCCCGCUGGAAUUUCUCCUGUCGUCGUCUGCACAUAACCUCUCUCUUUCCCUCAUCUCUUGGCUGCUCUCUUCACCACCUCUCACCUCUGUCCCUAUUAUCAUCACUCUAUCGCUCCUUUUCCGCCUCUUCCAUACUUAACACUCGGCUUAUUCGCCUUUAUUUCGCAUCGAAGAGAAGAAACGUGAUCAACAUUCCUGUGUUUCGUUGAACUCGUUGUGCGCGCGGUGAUACGAUUGCUUUCGAUGAUCGCGGUCGCAGCAAAUGCUCGUCGUUCGUGCUCGUCGUAUGAUUCGAGCCGUUCACCGGAGCCGUGUGGAUAUCUCGAGACCGAUAGUCAAUCAUCGGUGAUGAAGACGCAACGAUAAUAUUCGCUUGAUCCUUAUCCAGCCGUACGAAGCAGCCGGUCAUAACUGUACGUAACCUAAAAGCAAAAAAGAAAGACGGGCAACAAGAGACGACAUUAAACAAACGUGGACUGGAACGGUGGAUGUGAAAUAACAUUUGGAUUUGUUGUUUCGAAAGCGGCACACGAGCAGCAUCGUGCUCGCCUAUUUCUCUCCGUUGUUUCAUCGUUAAACUGUUGCACGAACGGAUCCACCGUUAACACCUGUAUAUCCCGUUCGUAUCUAAUGCUCUCCGAUACGAGACCAGCCGAUUACUUGGUUACUUCGUAUCGACGACCUAUUAUUUAUCGGCCGAUUCAACGGAAAAACGGAAAGCAGUAGCACAACCAUGCGUUCCUGUACCUCGAUACGUCACAGAUCACGCUGGACGAACUCUUGAGCGGGAUCACGAGACGCGGCUACGGAAUUAUUCAACCUGGCGGAAUCGUCGAAGAAACGCAAGACGUACCUCUGGGAGCAUUGGCUCGCGCUCACGCGAAUAUGAGCAUGACUCUCGUCCGGAAUACGUUCAAAGGUUGCAGCGAGGACGAGGCAGCAGGUGUCGCGAACGCGGAGGUGGGCGGAGGUUGCACGGCUGGGGCGCCAACCACGGGAAGUGGGGGUGGAGGUGGCGGCGGGACAGGUAGCGAGGCCGGGGGAGCAGGAGCAGGAGCAGGAGGUGGGGGUGGCGGCCGCGGCAGCGGCGAGGGCGGAUCGACGAAACAGGGUGGCGAGAGGUGUCCCCAGUGCGGCUUCCUCUGUCGGGACGUCCACGUGCUUCAGCUCCAUCUCGAGGACACGCACAAGACCUCGUACGCCAUCGACAAGAACGAUCUCAACGCUCAAUUCCCCCAAGUGUCGUGCAAGGUGUGCAGCAAAACCUUCGCCAACGUCUACCGACUCCAGAGACACAUGAUCAGCCAUGAUGAGAGUGCCGUGCUUCGUAAGUUUAAGUGUCCCCAUUGCGAGAAAGCCUUCAAGUUUAAGCAUCACCUCAAGGAGCACCUUCGCAUUCACAGCGGUGAAAAGCCAUUCCAAUGUAACAACUGCGGCAAACGUUUCUCCCACUCGGGCUCGUACUCGAGUCACAUGACCUCGAAGAAGUGCCUGAUAGUGAACUUGAAGAAAUCCAGGCACACGAACGUGAGCAACGUGGACCGCGGAUCGAAAAAGGCGCAACAAUCCCUGCCGCCGGGGCGGCGCGAUGUCGAUCUGCUCGCGGCCAAUAAUAACACUUUCCUCCCUAUUCUGCCGAAGCUUUCACCCUCGGAUUAUCAGGAGAUACAGCGAGAAGGAGCGGGUAUUUACGAUAUGCCCACCCUUCUGCCACAAAUGAUGGGUUUCGGCAGUUAUUUUCUGCAGACCUCCUUGGGCAAAAUCUUAAAUCAGCUACAUUCCAAGAGAUUGGACGAGGUAGCCGAGCAAUUCGAGUCUCAUCGGGAACUCAUGAGCCCGUCCACGGCGGACUCCGAGGGCACGGAGGGCACGGAGGGCAAGGAAUCUCCGGCACCCGCCGAUCCCCAGGGCCUGGACGCAGUUCGGCGUAUUCUCGAAACGGUCAACACCUCUGUGACGAAACAGCUGCUCGAGGCGAACGUGCGAAAAUUAUCCACGUCGCCGGCCACCAUGAAACGGGAGUUCGACGAGGAUUAUCAAGAUCAAGACAGCGAGAUGUCCAGCGAGAUGGCACACUAUCCGGAUUGGUCAGCGACGGAUCAAUACGAUUCGCAGAGCGAAGGUUUAGCGGCGAAACUCGAAGACGUGAAUCAGCCGAAAUCGGGCUAUAAGAGAAAAACGACAGAGGAUAGUUCGGAGGCGGACUCGGAGGACGAGGAGGAUGGUACACAGAUGCACAACGACAAUGGAAGGAGAGUUAGAGCUAGGUCGUUGAUAGACGAUGAGCAAUUGGCUGUUCUCAAGGGUUACUACGCCAUUAAUCCUCGGCCUAAGAAAGAGGAGAUCAGCAUGAUCGCCAACUACAUCAAUUUCCCCACUCGCGUCGUGCAGGUUUGGUUCCAAAAUUCCCGAGCGAGAGAUCGACGAGAAUCGAAGAUACCACCUCUAGUACCGUUGGCCUCCAAUCCGGCCAGUCAGACGAUAUACGAACAACCAUUGGAUUUGUCCAAGAAAGAAGGUCUCGCAGAGUCGGUGCGCAAAGACGGUGCAAAGUUCGCAUCUUCGUCUCCUGUUGAACAGAAGAACGAUAACGCAUCUUCGCAUAAUCAAGACGCGGAUGAUUUGGAGGACUCGCCACUCGUCAUUGAUGAAGAAACCACCGAUUCUGUUGAAGCGAAACGCGCGGUCCCAACGGGAGAAAUUGUUCCAAAGAGUCAACCUCAGACAAAUAUGAAAAACGAAAGUGAAGAUACGAGUCAACCAGAGGCUUCGCCAGUAGCAGAAAUUGAGCAGGGUGUCUACUUUUGUGAUCGCUGUGACAAAACAUUUUCCAAACACAGUUCCCUAGCAAGACACAAAUACGAACAUUCCGGGCAAAGGCCGUACAAAUGCGUAGAGUGCCCAAGGGCGUUCAAGCACAAGCAUCAUCUGACCGAACAUAAGCGAUUGCACAGCGGCGAAAAACCCUUCCAAUGCUCCAAGUGCCUCAAGCGCUUCUCUCACUCUGGCUCCUACAGCCAACACAUGAAUCAUCGUUACUCUUACUGCAAGCCAUAUAGAGAAUAGAAGUAUUCCCGCUAGUUGAAAACGAAGAUUCUCCCGCUGACUUAGCUAAGUAUGUACGGUCCUUUUUUCCUUUCAUGAUACAGGAUUCGGCAUUUAAAAAAAAGAAAAAAAAAAAAAGAAAAAAGAAAAAAAAAAGAAAUGCUUCGAACCGAAAUAAUCAUAUACGUAUAUCGUACGUAUAUUAUAUAUAUAUAUAUAUACAUCGAUCCCCCAUCGAUGCGGGAAUUACAUCAAAAGAAUGGAAAAUAGCUUCCAAGUUUUCCAAUCACGAGAUCUCGCGCACGCAUUUUAAAAACGCUUGCGUGAAACGCAACAAAUAAUUAAAGCCUAAAAAAAAUAUUAAUAUUUAGCUGGAAAAGAUCGAAGAUCGAGAUUAUGAAAAGGAACAGUGCGAUUUCCAAGAGAAAGAAAAAAAGGAUAGAAGAUUAAAAUAACGUGUUAUAAACAAUAACCCAAGAUUCGAUGAUCGCGACUCUGUUUGAACGAGAGCAAAAUCGUCCAAAUGUUACGUGAAUUUCUUCUCAGAUUCGUUCUCGCGAUGAAAUAAAGAGCGAAGAAUUAAAAAAUAUAAAAGGAAAAAUAAACGAUAAGAAGAAGAAGAAGAAGAAGAAGAAGAAGAGAUUUCGCAACGACUUCGAGUCGACAAGCAUUAAAAAAAAAAAAUAAAAAAAAAAUAAAAAAAAAAAAUAAAAAAAAAACCAAACAAUAUGCAACGGUACCAAAAAUGCAUAAUGCAAUAAUCUAUUAUAUAUUAUAUAUAAUAUACAUAAUAUUUUAGUAUUUUUAUUAACAAGAUUAUUAUAUAUACCAUGACAAUAAUAAGGAAACUAAUUAACGUACAAAUUUGUUAGCCACGUUCGCACGGGGCACGCGAUAUAAUUCGAUCGCGACGCGCAAACUGGCGAAGGGAUAUGGGAUACGAUAAAAAGUUUCGUUUUGAACGAGUUGCGCGUGUGCAAAUGUAUAUUUCACGAAGAACAAAACAAAUUUCGUAAUAUAUUCUAUACAACAAAAGGAAUAGAAUUUAGCAAGAGUAAUUUUCCGAAUAUUUUUUUAUCAAAUUUGCUCUCACCAGUAAUUCAUUUACUAGAAGAAAAAAAGAAACGACGAUAAUAAAAGAAUUAUGAAAGAAUAAUGUUCAGUUCCUUCAGAAAUAUCGGUCAAAUAAUAUUUUUCAACUGGUUACGCAAUAUAAUUAAUAUCUUAAUUCCUUCGUUCGUUCGUUAUUGUUCUUAAAUAAUAACAAAUUUUUUAAAACGUUUUGAAAAUUCAAAAUAUUUAAAAGUUGAUAUGAAAAAGAACAAAAAUAAAAUGAUAAGCUCGCGCAUACAAUUAAAUAAGAACAAAAACCGAAGGUAUAAUGUCCGUUGAAGAAGGUUGAAACACCGGACAGAAAGAGAAUACAUUUGAAUUUAAUCUGCUAAAUUAAGAGAGCUUAAAUGUAAAUUCUGAUAAAUUAUUGAGAAUGGAGACUAGAAGUCGUUCUAGUCGUACGAUAUGAUGCUUUCGCAAUCGAGUGAUUUUUUUUUUUAAAACUCGAUGUAAAAAGGUUCGGCCAAAUAACAAUUUAUUAUAUAUAGCGUCAAGGUGUUUCUGGGCCUUAUCUAUCGGUGAUCGAUGCCAUGAAUAACUUUCAAUCGUUAUGUACUUACUUUAAAAAAAUCCAAAGUCAUUGCACAAUCCGUAAUGUUACGUGCGAGAUUCGAUUCGUAAAUCAAUAGUUUUCAUUUUUUUUUUUUUUUUUUUAUUAGAUUUCCUGAUCGCUUCAUAUCAUUUAUAUAUAUAUAUUAUAUAAAUUAAUUUUUAACUAACUUAAUCAAUAAAUUUCUAAUUAUUUAAGUAUUUUAUAUAUUUUUUCAUUUUUGUAAAUUAAAUUCGUAUUUUUUUUUUCUUUUCUUUUUCUUUUUUUUGAAUUAUUAAAGUACGACAACUUAAGUUUUAAGCUAUUAAAUAUCUUACACAUCAUCUUCUCGUAAAGAAAGAUACACACGAAUAAUUUAAAAAGUCAUUAUAUUUUAAUAUUUGAAUCUUCACGUAUCAUCAUUCAUACGAAGAAAAAAAAAAAAUAUUUAGAAAUGAAAUAUGUUUCACACUCUAGAAGAAGAUAAAAACAAAAAUGCCUUAGACAUUCCGUGAGAAGCGUGCUUUUUAAUUAUUCAUAAAUCAUGAAACAUCACUAUGGCCUCUCGUACUUUUCGUCGAAGUCCGUCACGUCAUCGGAGAUUUCGAUAGACGAGCUGAUCACUUUCAGACGUCCGAAAGGAAAAUGGCAUCGAGAACCUCGCAAUAAAAAAUUAAAAAAAAGAAAGAAAAAAGAAAAAAAAAUGUUAUAAAGAAAAACGAAAAAAUCCCUUCACAGGAGAUCCGGGCCCCGAGAUCAUAAAACUCUAAGUAUAAUAUUAAAUGCUUCCAAUACUGUACUAUUAAAACAGAAAAAAAAUUAUUAUUACAACAUUUUUAUGAUUUUAUUCGUUCGGACGCGUAGGUAAGCGGUAUAUAUAUAUAUAUUAUAUAUAUAUAAUCUACAGAUCGAUAAUACUCGAGAAUUGUAUUUUAUAACGGUUUAUGCCUCUUUUUAUUUACACGUACCACGAGUGACAAGUGAUAUAUAUAUAUUAUAUUAUAUAAAUAUAUAUAUUGUUAUUGAUAAAAAUUGAUAAAAAGAAACGAUGAAAAUUAUACGGAGAUACACGGCAAAGAAUGUAACGUUUAAAGAUUCGCGCCAAAAAAGUAGUGUCGUGUUCGAACGGGGCGCCACCGUUGCAUUUCCUCCGCGUCUAAAAGCUCCGGUUAUCCGCGACAGGCAUCGUGUCCGUACUAUGAUAAAAAAAAAAAAUCCAGAUAUGAUGCUUAUAAUACUCAUUUAUUAUAGUGUUAAUAGUUAAGAAAUAUAUUUUUAUAUUAUUAUAAUAUUAUGACACGAUAUAUUAUAUAUAUAUAUAUAUAUAGUACUAAUCGAUCGCCGCGGAUCCGUGAAGCCGCGACGAGUCUGUUCCUCGGUACAGAUACGCGAGAAUCUUCUAUUUUUAUUUUCUAGUUUUCAAGACUCGAUCGUAAACGAUUCAACGUUCCUGUGCAAUCUCUUUGUUAUUUUUCUCCGUUAUAUUUCUCAUCAUUAUAUUACGUUCUCUAUUUUCAUUGACUUGUUUUUGUUUGUACGAUUUCUUUAUAACAAUUUUUUUAAUCGUUUGAUAUAUAUUAAUUUACCGGCAUUCCUUAAAUACUUUUUACUUUCUAUAAUUUUAUAUAAAAAUUUAUCUCGUGUUAAGUUUUGCUAUUAAUUUCAUUAUUCUUAUUUUCACACUUGGAAAAAAAAAAACCUCAAUUCUGUACUUUCGAAUACUUUCACGACCAACGGGUUAGGACAUCAGGAAGGAAAAGCAGGAAAUUUACGAAGACAAUAUUACAUACGUAUAAGUGACUAAAUGAAAAAUAAAAAAAUUAUAUAUAUAAAUAUAAAUAUAUGAAUAUAUGAAUAUAUAAAUAUAGAUAUAAAAAGAUAGAAAUAUUUGCUCCGAUUCGAGAAUAUUUGCAACCUGCUCGCCUCGAUGUAUGUAUGUAUGUACGUAUUAUUAAAUAACACACAGAUUACAGUGUAAUUUUGCCAGCUUUCGCUCAUCGGCAUCGAUUAUGUCUCCGUUACUUCCUAAACUAUUAUGUAAAAACUAACCAAAAAAAAAAAAAAAAAAAAAAAAAAAACCAAAAAAAAAAAAAGAAAUACUCGUAUAAACAUGAAACAAACGAAAUGAGAAAGCGAAGAGAUAAAUACAAGAAAAAAAAAAUUGUUAAUGAUUGUUGAUGCAACGAUUUAAAAAAAAUGAGCACCGUACGAUGCCUUCCGUGAACGACCGAGCUUGCCUAGUUACCGAAAUAACAUGUAAAUUCAAUAAUUCGAUCUCGAAAAGAAUUCUCUCGUCGAAAGUAACGUUAUUCCCGCGAUGCUUCCCCCAUCUAUCGAUCAAUUAUUUUCUCUCGUCACGGACAAUAAGUAUAGAACGAAUAAAUAGUGCCAUAAACUAUAUAAAUACAGUGUAGAGAUUCUUCGUAUAAUUAUAAUAUAAAGAAUAAUUUACUGCUAUCGAUAGAAAUGUAUAUUUUAUUCACGACAAGGUGUUCUAUGAAUUUCAUAAGAACGUAUUGCGAUUUUAUUUCAUACAAAAAGCGCGCGGGAAUAAUAAAAUGUUCGCUUUUUUAAACUAUACUCGACGAACACUGGUGGUUAUGCUAUCGAGCUUUUCAUAACUACGUUACAUAAGCAUCAGAAUCGUGCGUGUGUGCGUGUAUUGUAUGUAUGUACACCAAGAAAUACUCGGAAGAAAAUACGGCAGGACAAUAAUAAUACCGUUUCUUUUUAGAGAUUAGAGAGCAUAAGCAUUACAUAAUACAAUAGUAUAUAUAUAUAUAUAUAUAAAAAUCGUAAGUGUGGAAAAAAGAAUAAAGCUAAAUGCAAGCCUGCACAUAUACGCGCAUGGAUACAAAGAAUGUAUAUAUAUGCGUAUAUGUGUAUACACGCUAUAGCGUGUAUGUAUAUAGAUAAUACAUUCAUAAGUUUAAUACAUUUAGUCGCCACGAAUAGCGAUGCGAAUGUACUGUAACAGUGAAACGUAAUAAUGCGGUAGAUACUAGAAAGAAUGGUGGGGAGAAAAUAAUAAUAAUAAAAAAAAAAGAAAAAACCCGAGGUUUCAGCUGCGUAGUGGAUGCAGUGCCUUCUCCGGGUGAAAUGAUCUCGUAUUAUUGAAGCGAGCGGUUGCAAAACAGUUUAAAACAUAAUUGUGCUAUGAUAUUUGAAUUUUAAAUUAAACAAUGAAAUUUUAUUAAUGAAAAAUUAUAAUUAUUUUAAUUUCGAAUUAUUAUUUAUUUUCACAAUAAUAGUUAGUUCAUUACAUGAUAUGUCACAAAAACAACAAGUACAUACAUUUAAUACAAAAUAAUUAUUUAAUUUAAAAUCAAUUUUCACACGAUAGUCACUUUUUGGAGAAGGAGUAUAUUCUUGUAAUUAAAUCGCUAAUUAAUGUUAAAAAAAAUAUAUUAUUCUAAAUAAAGCGAUCUUCUUUUAAAAGUUGGAUCGUUGAUAAUGGGCAUUUAAAAAAUUUUUAAAAAAGGAAAAAAAGUUGAAAAUAUGCGUAUUGAAGGAUGAAGAGAAAUGAAUCGUCAAAAGGAUCGAACACUGCGCGCACUACGCGGCGAACUUUCGAAGCACGAAUCGAUGAAUUCGGCUGAAAUAAAAACGGGGCCGAAUCUGUUACACACUGCGGAAAGAAGCAGCAGAGAAAAGAAAUGAAAUUAAAAAUAAUGUAUUGUGACGAAGUUCCAUCCAUAAUAAAUAAAAUGAAAAUAUUAUACAGUUAGGCCGACUUUUCCGCCAGUUCGUGCCUUUUUUCUGCAGGGAGAGAGAGUGCAGUUUUGGAAUCGAUCUGAAUGGUGUAUGCUAUUGAUUUAUUAUCUAAUAGAGAAAAAUGAUAAGCAACAUGAAAGAAAGAAACAGAGAAUAACAAGACAAAAUAAUGUUAGAAUCAUCAAGAAUCCUUAAACUAUGAAGAAAAAUGAAUGAAGACGAAAGGGACAGGAUAUGAGGAUUAAUUAUGCGUAUACAUAAAUCGAACGAGGUUGUUUUGACAUGACAAAUGAUAUGUGUCCUGUAAUGCAUUAUUCUCGAAAAACAUUACGAGCAUGUUAAUUAUGUCAGUGUGAAAACAAAUAAAGAUAAAGAAACGAAAAAAAGAAAAAAAAUGUGAGAUAAAGAGUAAAUGAUUAAAUGAUGCGCAUGAAAGGAGAAUGAUAGAAUAGUGAAAGAAUGUGUGUGUGUGUGUGUGUGUGCGCGUGCGCUUGAAAGGACGAAAGGAAGAGAGAGAAUUCUAGCAAUUGUUGAACGUUCAUUAAAUUGUCCUCGUUUCACGAUGUAAUAAAGGCUAUUUUACUUUGAA